AUGUUUACCGGAAUCGUGGAAACCAUCGGGACUGUCUCGUCCCUCGUCCCGCUCGACGCAACCUCCACCGGCGGCGGCGGCACCUCCCUCACCAUCUCCAAUGCGGCCUGCAUUCUCGACGACGUGCACCUAGGCGACAGCAUCUCCAUCAACGGCACCUGUCUCACCGUGACCGAGUUCACAGCCGACACGUUCAAGGUCGGCGUGGCGCCCGAGACCCUUCGCCGCACGAACCUGGGCGAGCUCAAGGUCGGCAUGGGCGUCAACCUUGAGCGCGCCGUUGCCGGCCAUGUUCGCUUCGGUGGACAUUUUGUUCAGGGUCAUGUCGACACCACCGCUGCGAUCCUCUCCAAGACGCCGGACGGCAAUGCGCUCACGAUCCGGCUCCACCCCAAGGACCCGGCGGUGCUCACCUACAUCGUUGAGAAGGGCUAUAUCACGCUCGACGGCGCGAGUUUGACUAUCGUCGCGGUGAACGAUGAGGAGCAGUGGUUUGAGAUCAUGCUCGUCGCGUACACGCAGGAGAAGAUUGUGAUUCCCGGUAAAGCGGUGGGCGAGAGUGUCAAUGUCGAGGUCGAUAUGGCUGGGAAGUACAUUGAGAAGCAGGUAAAGGCCCAUCUGGAGAAGGGCCUCGGUGCGAAGGGGGGAAUACUGGAGAAGAUGGUACGGGAGGCUGUCGAGAAGGCGUUGGCGAAGAAGUAG